AUGCCCAGUGGCUCGGAUCCCUUCCCAGAGACCACGCAGGAGCUGCACCCACUGUGCUCUGCACUGGGUGCCUCUGACUCAGGGCUUCGUCCAGAGCUCCUCAGCCAUCGGGGUUUUCAUGUCUGGCUUUAUCAGGCGCUGACUAAAACGCCGCAGCGAAGGAAUGUGGGACCUAGGGAGGGUUUUUGGGAGGGUGCUGUCGAACCGCUGGCGUUGCAGCGGGAGGCGGGUGAGACCUCGCGCCCUUCGCCGAGGCAGACGCCAGCAGCACCGUCGGCAGAGCCCCGGCCACCUGCCCGCCCCGCUGCCAGCCCCGUGGCACCGAAGAAGGAGAAACCCCUGGAAGAUGAUGAGUCCCAAAAAGUUGUGACAAAGGGCCCCCGGGCCGAGCUCGCGGGCGCUCCCGAAGCUGUGACAUGCCAGCCCCAGGUGCGACCAGCCCCGCAGCCCCCCAGCCCCUGCACCCAUCUGCUGCAGAACAGCGCCGGGCGGGGGCCGGACCCAGGCGGUGCCAACGGGGAGGCCGGGAACGGGGUCUUCCGCCCCCUGCCCAGCACCCAGAAGCCUCACCGAAAGCUGCAGUCGCACCACUCCAUCAACAGCCAGAGCAGCAAGAAGAGCAAGGGCAGCUCCAAGUCGGCCUCUUCCCACAUCCCUAUUGAGGCGCAAGAAGACUGCUGCGUCCACUGCAUCCUCUCCUGCCUCUUCUGCGAGUUCCUGACCCUCUGCAACAUCGUGCUGGACUGUGCCACCUGCGGCUCCUGCACCUCCGAGGACUCCUGCAUCUGCUGCUGCUGCUGCAACUCGGGCGAGUGCGCGGACUGCGACCUGCCCUGCGACAUGGACUGCGGCAUCAUCGACGCUUGCUGCGAGUCGGCCGACUGCCUGGAGAUCUGCAUGGAGUGCUGCGGGCUCUGCUUCUCCUCCUGAGGGGCCGCACUCGCCGGGGGGGAACCGCUCCUGGCCCCCCCCACAGCGGCCGAGGGUCUGGCCGGUCCCUGAGCCGGUGUGAAACGCCAAAAGACGGAGGAGAGCGAUAUACCCCCAUUGCAAACCUCAUCCUUGGAGCUGGUGAGCUGGGCUCGGACCCUGCCUGGGGAAGGGUGAAUCCGUUAGGGCCGCGGGGACUCCGGGGACGGCCGGCAUCUCGUCACGCUCUACCUCUUCCCCGCACCGGGCUGGUUCACCAAGGACCGCGGGAGCCUCCUGCCACCUGAGCCGAGAGCAGGAGCUCCCGUCCCGUGCGCCCCAGAGCCCACGGGUGUCACCCCGGGGGUCCCUGCGUUGGGGACAGCCACUGCCAGCGCCCGGGGCUGCCCCAGGACAGUGCUCUGGUUUACACAGGGGUGACACAGACCAUCUUCCCCCCUCCCUGGGACACCUCCAGGGCUGGGCACAGAACAGAGCCUUGCUCUCCGCCAGGCACUGGGAGAUGCCGAAGCCUUUAGCCAGGCUGUGGGACACAUCCUGCCAGCCCCCACCCCUCCUCGGUGCUGAGAUCGGCAGCCAAGUGCAAUACACACAGUCUGCUCCCCUCCCUGGUCCACUGGCUGGGAAGAAGCUUUUCCUUCUCCAGUCCCUGCAGCGGGGUUGCAGCCGGGGGCCAGGGCAGCUGGGGAGAGCCCGCAGCCGUACCAAGCUGCUCCCGACCCCCGUGUGUCCCCAGGGGCGGUGGGGCAGAGUGGCCUGGUUGGUGCCAAAUGACCCCCAGCAGUUUUGGCCCCGUCCCACCAGCCCGGAGACAGGGCUUGUGGCUGGGUGGGGAUGGAAAACAUCCCGUUGAAGGGCUGGGGAGACGGGGAGGGAAGUGUCAUGGUAUUUUUGUAUUUUUUUGUCCCUUUCGUUUGUUACUGUAAAUAAAGGUCUUUCUUCAUUUC